AUGGCUUUCCGGCAUCCUCUGAUGCUGUCCAAGACAGCAUCGGCGUCUCUUCGGUCGGUAGCCCCCAGAACCUCUGCCCGCGUGGCUGCCACGCUUCCCCGGUUCAGCACCAGAGCGUCGUCCAGCUCGACCUCCGCGCUCGCCUACAAGGCCCUGCACCGUCGCUCGCCGCUCCCUCUGCCUGUGUCGGAAUCCUCUCCGCAAUGGGACGCCCCCACGGCCGUGUCGUCCAUCCUGUACGAGACGCCCGUUCCGCCCACCAACCCGCCUAAGCGCCAUGUUCUGAACUGCCUGGUGCAGAACGAGCCCGGUGUGCUGUCCCGCGUGUCCGGCAUUCUGGCCGCCCGUGGCUUCAACAUCGACAGUCUGGUCGUCUGUAACACCGAGGUCGAGGAUCUGUCGCGCAUGACCAUCGUGCUGCAGGGCCAGGACGGUGUCGUCGAGCAGGCCCGUCGCCAGCUCGACGACCUCGUCCCCGUCUGGGCUGUGCUCGACUACACUGACUCGGCGCUCGUGCAGCGUGAGCUGCUCCUCGCCAAGGUCAGCAUCCUGGGCCCCGAGUUCUUCGAAGAGCUCCUCCAGCACCACCGCGAGAUCACCUCCCCUGGUGACGUUUCCGAGGGCCACAAGGAGCAGGCGCAGCAGACCCAGAAGACCGAAUACCACCCUCGCAACCUGCCCCAGAGUCAGGCCCUGAGACAUAAGCAUGAGCAUCUCGAUGCUAUUACCCGUCUGACCCACCAGUUUGGCGGCAAGGUCCUGGAUAUCAGCAACAACAACUGCAUUGUUGAACUCUCCGCCAAGCCAUCCCGUAUCGAUUCCUUCAUGAAGCUCAUCGGCCCCUUCGGUAUUCUGGAGUCCACCCGGACCGGUUUGAUGGCGCUCCCUCGCUCUCCUCUGUCUGAGCAAGACGAGGAUCUGGAGAAGGAGGCAGCCGACGUGGUCGAUGCUAGCACCCUUCCUCCUGGUUAA